AUGGCCAGUGUGGCUGCUGCUUUUGGGAUGUUCAGCUGUAAGACAUUAAAAAAGAAGGAGAAAAACUUGAAAGACAGGUGGAAAAACCUGAAGCACCAGCCGCCACUGGCAGAGGCUGUGCUCAGGGACCACGUGACCCAGUUGUGCUAUUACAUCAAACGCAUCAACCUUUUGUCAGGUGUGCAGUAUGGGCGGUUGGAGACUAACGUGACCCUGGUCUGUGGGACGUCCCCACUAAGGACACCAGUGGAGUGGCGUCUCAACCGCAGCUUGGUUCUGCCGUGGCACCGGCUGACUUCGGAUGGAGCCUUGGUUCUGCUGCACGUCGACCAGUCAGCGCAGGGCAACUACAGCUGCCAUGACAACGACGGGGUCCUCCUACACACCACCAGACUCGUGCUGGGCUAUCCCCCCGGGCUGUUGAGCGUUUCCUGUCGAGUGCCCAGUCACACGCUGGUCCGCUGCUCAUGGGUGGAGUCAGUGAAGACCUUCCUGCCUUCCCAGUACCACGCCUUCUACAGGGGGAUUCACCAGGAGUGGAUGCCAUGUGUCAUAGGCCCCGCCCUCCGCAGCUGUGACAUCACAUCCCCCUCUUUCUGGCAGGCCUACCAUUUACUGAAUAUUACUGCGGCCAACCCCCUGGGGUCCACACCAACCGUUAAACAGAUACGACUACAUGAGCUAUUGAAACCAGACCCCCCGGAGUCGGUGUUGAUAGAGGAGGUCGAGGGAUCUCCUACCAGGCUGGUUGUGAAUUGGAACAACCCGUCCUCCUGGCCGAUACAGUUAGCCUUUCCUCUGAAAUAUGAGGUCAGGUACCGGCCCCUGGGCUCCGGACAUUGGUCACAGCUUGAGACCUCAGAGAACUCGGUUUUGAUAGUGGACGCCUUGGCAGGAUACCUCCACCAGGUGCAGGUCCGAGCCCAGGACGGGGUAAAUUCCGACAGCAAGUGGAGUGACUGGACCCCCUUGCUCCUGGCGAUGCCCUGGCGAGCCUUCACCAGCCCUGAGCCCACAGCAGAACCCUUCCCAGGGGAACUGUUUCCUGAAAAUGAUUUUCCAGUGGACACAAAGUCUGAAACUUCCACUACCAAGUCACAAAACGAUACGAAGGGGGAAGAUGGAAACCUGGGUCUGGUGAUUUUGCUGGUUCUGUUCUCCGUGGUCAUCCUCACCAUCAUUGUCUCGCUCAUCCUGACCAUGUGGGUGAGACAGAAGAGGCGGGAUCAUGUGACCAAACAGGAACUCACCUCCAUGGUCAAGAUGAAGUCCUUGCCAGUCUAACACAAGGUCAGGUUGGUCCGUCCCUCCCUCGUCGGCCCGUUAUAGGGCUCCCCGCCAGGGUCGGCCACCCCAUUCUUUACCACUGCACGUUGCGGACCGUCCUUAAACUACAUUGACCACAAUGCAUCAGUCAACUCCAUCCACAAGCCGGGCAGAAUGCGGGUUCAACCCUCGUGGGAACCAGCGGACACGGGGCUUCAGGCGGCCAUGAUGAAUGCUGGCAUGGGGCGGGUUCUGGCAAAUGGUGGCGCUGCGAGACGUUCCUCGGCACCUUGGGCCGUCAGACUGAACUACGUUACCCACAAUGCACCUGCAGACUUCACUCGAGUCACAAUCCAUGCUGCUUUCAGGUGGACUCGCUCCUCGACCGUUUUGGCGGGAGUUAUUCAAACUAUUCGGAUUUUGAUCUUGGAGACUACACUUAUUGGCAGGAAGUGACGCUGCCACACAAAUAAUAGAGACUGUGUGUGUGUGUGUGUGUUUGUGUGUGUGUGUGUGUGUGUGUGUGUGUGUGUGUACACAUAGAUAUAAAAUGACUUCAGAUAAUCAAGAGAAUUGUGUGGCCAAGAGCGGUUCACUCUUUUUUUCAUUUUUUUUUUCAGGAGAAAUAUUUGUUGUGUUAUUGUUGUUUGUUUGUUUUUUUUUGUUUUUUGUUUUUUUUUGUUUGGAAAAUCUUGUUUAUUUUCUCUCUCUCUCUCUCUCUUACAAAACGUUAUGUGAUUUCAUGUUUUUGUCCUGGAGGAUGAAUUUAGU